ACAGAUAAUUGGGAAGGGUUUCCAGAAGGUGGGAAAUGUCACCUGAUUCACACUGAACUUUUAAAAGCUCCCCACCCCCAAAGAGUCGGCACACCCUCGGUCGCAGCCGCCCUCCCACAGCCCCACACACUGGGAGACCGCCCACCUCAAACCUUAAGACCCCCGUCUAGAUUUAAAGCGCGGCUGCGCCCGGCUUCUGACGUCCAUUGAAUCGCGCGGGCGGCCGGUGGCGAGCGCGGGGCUGCGCCAGGAUCGCUGCGCCCUCCGCCGCUCGCUCUGCGACGCGCGCCGCUCGCCCAAGCCACCCGCCGCCGCGCUCCUCGCCCAGCGCCUGCCCCAGGAUGGUCUGCGCCAGGCACCAGCCCGGCGGGCUCUGCCUCCUGCUGCUGCUACUCUGCCAGUUCAUGGAGGACCGCAGCGCCCAGGCUGGUAAUUGCUGGCUCCGCCAAGCAAAGAACGGCCGCUGCCAGGUCCUGUAUAAGACAGAACUGAGCAAAGAAGAGUGCUGCAGUACCGGCCGUCUGAGCACCUCUUGGACCGAGGAGGAUGUGAACGACAAUACUCUCUUUAAGUGGAUGAUCUUCAACGGGGGCGCCCCCAACUGCAUCCCCUGUAAAGAAACGUGUGAGAAUGUGGAUUGCGGACCUGGAAAAAAAUGCCGCAUGAACAAGAAGAAUAAACCCCGCUGCGUCUGUGCCCCGGACUGUUCCAACAUCACCUGGAAGGGUCCAGUGUGUGGGCUGGACGGGAAAACGUACCGCAACGAAUGUGCUCUCCUCAAGGCCAGAUGUAAAGAGCAGCCGGAGCUGGAAGUUCAAUAUCAGGGCAAAUGUAAAAAGACUUGCAGGGAUGUUUUCUGUCCGGGCAGCUCAACCUGUGUGGUGGACCAGACCAAUAAUGCCUACUGUGUGACCUGUAAUCGGAUUUGCCCAGAGCCCUCCUCCUCUGAGCAGUACCUGUGUGGGAACGAUGGAGUGACUUACUCUAGCGCCUGCCACCUGAGAAAGGCCACCUGUCUGCUGGGCAGAUCGAUUGGAUUAGCCUAUGAGGGAAAAUGUAUCAAAGCAAAGUCCUGUGAAGACAUUCAGUGUGGCAGUGGGAAAAAAUGCCUGUGGGAUUUCAAGGUUGGCCGAGGCCGUUGCUCCCUCUGUGAUGAGCUCUGCCCUGAGAGUAAGUCUGAUGAGCCAGUCUGCGCCAGUGACAACGCCACGUACGCCAGCGAGUGCGCCAUGAAAGAAGCUGCCUGCUCCUCCGGCGUGUUGCUCGAGGUGAAGCACUCCGGAUCUUGCAAUUCCAUCUCGGAAGAUACGGAGGAAGAGGAGGAGGAGGAAGACCAGGACUACAGCUUUCCUAUCUCUUCCAUUCUAGAGUGGUAAACGCUCCACCAGUGUUCAGGGUUGACAUAGCCUUUGGGCAAAACAGAACACAACAAGAGAAAGGGGGAAAAAAAAGGAAAAAAAAAGAUAGAUAAGAAAAUAAGAAAAAAUAUAUUGUGCAUAAUGUAAAUAAGUGUAUGCUUAUUUAUUUGGGGGGAAAACUAUACAUGAAAGGACCUUUGUCCUAAAGCUCUCUCCCGGGCCACAUUGUUACUCACUGGGCAUGGAGAGAUUGUCAUUUUGUGGUCUACUGGAUGAGGCCUAUAGUUGAGACUUGUAGACGUUUAUUUAUACUGUGUCAUGUUUUAUAAUUUAUACAUAAAAUGUCUGGUUGACUGUACACCUUGUUUUUGAAGAAAUUUAUUCGUGAAAGGAAGAGCGGUUGUUAUUUAUUGUGAGGUCUCUUGCUUGUAAAGUAAAGCCGUUCCCCCCCCCCUCGUAAACCAUUGAAGUCCAUUCCUAAUGACCCACUCACUCAUCUGUCUCCCUUCAUUUCACUGCUGUUAGAUUCUUUCCCACCUCUUAACAAAUUUGCAUGUCAGUUUCUGUCAUGUUUAUUUAUUGGAUUCUCAGCUGCCUACUCUGUACAUACCUGAUCCUUCGGGUUCUGUUUACAAGGAAUCUUGACUGACCAAAAGGCACCGUAACUCUGCCUCAGAUACAAGGUACAGAGGAUAUACAUCUCGGAAGGAACGUCUGCUUCCGUGCCCUUGUUCUGGUGAAAACAUUGUGAGAGAGGAUGAGAGGCUUUAAGAAUCGAGAAAUGUACUUUUAUGAUGUUGCAGAUCCAAAGAUAUAGUGACGUGGGGUGUCAGGAGACGAAAGGAAGGUGAUCGUUACGCUUCCAACCUGUCAUUCGCUGUUUCCUUUGAGGUAGUCGGCUGUACCUUCUCAAUUAGUUCUUUUUCAACCAAUGUGUCACUAAAAGUUCCAUCAAAGCUUUAUCAGUUCAAGUUUCUUGCUUUUCAUAAUACUUUUUUCUGAUGCAAUUUUAUAUUUUCAAACAUGGCAAGUUAAAUAUAAAUUCAUUUAAAUAUAUAGUUUUGUACUUUUCUACCAUGUAAAUGUGCAAUGUAUAUAAAAGUUAUAAUGUGUAUUUGUAAAUAAAUGAUGAGUGAAAAAAUAAAAAAAAAUUAAAAAGCCAA